GGUCCCUCUUUCCACCUCUGUGGCAGACCCUGGUGGCAGAACAGUGUAUCGCGCCUCGGACACCUCCUUCACUCACCUCACAGUCCACUCCAGAACCGGUGAAGUUUAUGUUGGUGCUGUGAAUCGGGUGCUCAAGCUCUCGACCAAUCUGACGCUGCAGAGAAGUCACAUGACCGGCCCAGUGGAGGACAACAACAAGUGCUACCCCCCUCCUAGCGUCAGAGCGUGUGCACACAGGUUGGACUGGUCUGAUAAUGUGAAUAAACUCCUGUUGGUGGACUACAGCGGGGACAGGCUGGUAGCGUGCGGAUCCAUAUGGCAGGGUGUAUGCCAGUUUCUUCGCUUGGACGAUCUUUUCAAACUGGGAGAACCACACCACCGGAAAGAGCACUAUCUCUCUGGAGCCCGCGAGGCUGAUGGGAUGGCAGGUGUGGUUGUGGGUGAUGAGGACCUGACCUCUGACCCCCGCAGGAAGAGGCCGGUAAAAGGUGGGAGUCGACUGUUCAUCGGAGCUGCGAUCGACGGGAAGUCUGAAUACUUCCCCACACUGUCCAGUCGCAAGCUGGUGUCGGACGAGGAGAGCGUCAACAUGUUCUCUCUGGUCUAUCAGGACGAGUUUGUCUCCUCUCAGAUCAAAAUCCCGUCCGACACCUUGUCCCUGUACCCCGCCUUCGAUAUCUACUAUGUCUACGGCUUCUCCAGUCGCUCCUACGUUUACUUCCUGACGCUCCAGUUAGACACGCAGCUGACACAGAUGGACGCCGGAGGGGAGAAGUUCUUUACCUCCAAGAUUGUUCGAAUGUGCUCCAACGACACAGAGUUUUAUUCCUAUGUGGAGUUUCCACUGGGCUGCACCAAGGACGGGGUGGAGUACAGGCUGGUGCAGGCCGCGUUCAAACAGAAGCCAGGGAUGAAGCUGGCCCAGGCGCUGGGGCUGAGGGAAGACGACGACGUGCUGUUUGUGGUCUUUUCACAGGGUCAGAAGAACCGGUCUAACCCUCCCAGAGAGACGGUCCUGUGCCUGUUCACGCUCCACGACAUCAACCUGGCCAUGAGGGAGAGGAUUCGCUCCUGUUACAGAGGGGAGGGGCGCCUCUCUCUGCCCUGGCUGCUCAACAAGGAGCUACCAUGUAUACACACGCCGAAGCAGAUUGGCGAUGACUUCUGUGGUCUGGUGCUGAACCAGCCGCUGGGAGGGCUGCGUGUGAUCGAGGGACAUCCCCUGUACGAGGACCGCACUCAAGGCAUGGGGGCCGUGGCCGGCUACACCUACGGAGAGGACACCGUGGUCUUUGUGGGGACGAGGACUGGACAGUUAAAGAAGAUCCGUGUGGAUGGCGUGUCAAAUUCCCAGAAUGCAUUGCUGUACGAGACUGUGAACGUGGUGGAGGGGAAGCCCAUUCUGAGGGACAUGGUAUUCAGCCCGGAUCACCGCUUUAUAUACCUGCUCAGUGACAAACAGGUGAACCGUCUACCUGUGGAAUCAUGUGACCAGUACGACAACUGUUCUGAGUGUCUGGGUUCUGGAGACCCACACUGCGGCUGGUGUGUCCUCUUCAACAAAUGUUCGAGACGUGAGUCAUGUGACAAGUUUGAGGAGCCUCAGCAUUUUAACACCCGACUGGACCAAUGUGUGGACGUUUCUGUGUCUCCUAGCAACAUGUCCGUUACGUCUCUUCCCACUCAGUUGACUAUCCGUGUCCAGAAUGUCCCCGCCCUCUCAGGGGGCGUGUCCUGUGUUUUUGAUGAUAUCACUGAAACCCCUGGUGAUGUCGCAGCUCGACUCGUGACCUGCAUGUCUCCAUCUCUCAGGGACCUAUCCCAGCAGUACGGAGAGAAGCGAGUGGUGAAGCUCAGCCUGAGAUCCACAGAAACUGGACUCAAGUUUAUCUCCACAGACUUCAUCUACUACAACUGUUCGGUCCUCAACUCAUGUACGUCGUGUGUGAGCAGCGAGUUCCCCUGUCACUGGUGUAAAUAUCGCCACAUCUGCACCAAUAACCUGCAGGACUGUUCCUUCCAGGAGGGGCGUGUCAGCAGCAUGGAGGGCUGUCCUCAGAUCCUCCCUGCGGGGGACAUCUUGGUUGCAGCAGGAAUGGUACGUCCGAUCACGCUGAAAGCCCGGAACCUGCCCCAGCCUCAGUCUGGACAGAAGAACUACGAGUGUGUGUUCCACAUUCAGGGCCGGGUCCAGAGAAUCCCUGCUGUUAGAUUCAACUCCUCCUGCAUCCAGUGCCAGAACACAUCGUAUUGGUAUGAAGGGGAUGAAGUGGGAGACCUCCCUGUGGACUUCUCCAUUGUGUGGGACGGAGACUUCUUCAUUGACAAACCUGUCUCUAUGAAAGCACUGCUGUACAAGUGUGAGGCACAGAGGAGCAGCUGUGGGCAGUGUCUCAGAGCACCCCCUGCCUUUGAGUGUGGGUGGUGCAUGGAUACCAGGAAAUGCCUUCUGAAACAGCAUUGUCUUUCCCCUGAGCUGAACUGGAUGCACCACGGACGGCACAAUCUGCGUUGCAGCCACCCGCGCAUCAGCAGGAUCGAACCUCUGACCGGACCCAGGGAGGGAGGCACUCGCGUCACCAUUGAGGGUGAGAAUCUGGGGCUGCAAGUGAAGGAGAUCUCCCAUGUGCAAGUGGCAGGCGUAAGGUGUACUCCUGUCCCCACACAGUACAUCAGUGCUGAGAGAAUCGUGUGCGACAUGGCCGAAGCGUUACUCCCCCACUCCCCCGGUGGUCCUGUAGAGCUUUGUAUUGGGGUCUGCAGUGCAGAGUAUCGGACUCUCUCCACUCAGACAUACUCUUUUGUUAGCCCAAGCUUCAGCAGAGUGCGCCCUGAGAUGGGACCUGUUUCUGGGGGAACACGACUCACGGUGACUGGCCGACACCUGGACGCUGGGAGUGCAGUAACAGUCUACAUCCACAAGGAAGAGUGUCUGUUUGUCAAACGGACCAAUCGUGAGAUAAUCUGCAUAACCCCCGCCUCCCUGCCUGGAACUGGCCCCGCCCCUAUCCGUUUGAUGAUCGACAGGGCUGAGGUCACGAACCCAGAUACAAAAUACAUUUACACUGAGGAUCCCACCAUCAUCAACAUCGAGCCUAACUGGACCAUUCUCAAUGGGAGUACAGUGAUCACAGUGACUGGGACAAAUCUAAUGACCAUUCAGGAGCCCAAAGUUCGAGCCAAGUACGGAGGAGUAGAGACCAGCAAUUUCUGUACAGUGGUGAAUGACAGCACCAUGACUUGUCUGGCGCCUGGUCUGGUCUACACUAAACCCAGCCCACCAGAGGGGGCGCUGCGACCGGACGAGUUUGGGUUCAUAUUUGACCAGGUCUCUUCUCUGCUGGUCUUAAACUCUACAUCCUUCACCCACUACCCUAAUCCGACCUUUGACCCACUCGGUUCUUCUGGGAUCUUGGAGGUCAAACCAGGCUCACCCAUCAUACUUAAGGGUAAAAACCUAGUCCCUCCGGCUCCUGGAAACUCUCGUCUGAAUUACACGGUUCUGAUUGGAGAGUCUCCAUGCGUCCUCACUGUGUCUGAAAGCCAGCUGCUGUGUGACUCGCCCGACCUGACAGGAGAGCACAAAGUACAGAUCCUGGUUGGCGGUCUGGAGUACUCCCCUGGGACCCUACACAUCUAUUCAGACUCUGCCCUGACUCUGCCCGCCAUCAUUGGGAUCGGAGCCGGAGGUGGUGUCCUGCUGAUCGCCAUCAUCGCAGUCCUCAUCGCUUACAAGAGGAAGACCAGGGACGCAGACCGCACACUCAAACGCCUGCAGCUACAGAUGGACAACCUGGAGAGCCGGGUGGCACUAGAGUGCAAGGAGGCAUUCGCAGAGCUGCAGACUGAUAUCCAGGAGCUGACCAACGACAUGGACGGGGUCAAAAUACCAUUUUUGGAAUAUCGCACCUACACCAUGAGAGUCAUGUUCCCGGGAAUCGAGGAGCACCCAGUCCUCAAAGAGCUGGAUUCUCCUGCUAAUGUUGAGAAGGCGCUGCGUCUCUUCUCUCAGCUGCUCAACAAUAAGAUGUUCCUGUUGACCUUCAUACACACUCUAGAAGGUCAAAGGUCGUUCUCCAUGAGGGACCGGGGGAAUGUGGCAUCACUGCUCAUGGCCGCUCUGCAGGGUCGAAUGGAGUACGCAACAGUUGUUCUGAAGCAGCUUUUGGCCGAUCUGAUUGAAAAGAAUCUGGAGAACAGGAACCACCCCAAACUGCUGCUUAGGAGGACUGAGUCAGUGGCUGAAAAGAUGCUGACGAACUGGUUCACCUUCCUCCUGCAUCGCUUCCUCAAGGAGUGUGCUGGAGAGCCCUUGUUUAUGCUGUACUGUGCCAUAAAGCAGCAGAUGGAGAAGGGUCCCAUAGACGCCAUCACAGGAGAGGCUCGCUACUCUCUGAGUGAGGACAAGUUAAUACGACAGCAGAUCGACUACAAACAACUGACCCUUAUGUGCAUCCCUCCUGAGGGCGAGGCUGGUACUGAGAUCCCUGUGAAGGUGCUGAACUGUGACACCAUCACUCAGGUCAAAGACAAACUGUUGGACACUGUUUACAAAGGAAUCCCCUUCUCCCAGAGACCUCAGGCGGACGACAUGGAUCUGGAAUGGCGCCAGGGCCGUUUGACCAGGAUAAUUCUUCAGGAUGAAGAUGUUACAACUAAAAUCGAGAGUGACUGGAAGAGACUCAAUACUCUAGCUCACUACCAGGUGACGGACGGUUCUCUGGUGGCUUUAGUUCAGAAACAGGUCUCUGCCUACAACAUCGCCAACUCCUUCACCUUCACCAGAUCUCUCAGCCGAUAUGAGUCACUGUUGCGAACAUCAAGCAGUCCAGACAGCCUCAGAUCUAGAGCUCCUAUGAUCACACCAGACCAGGAAACGGGUACAAAACUGUGGCAUCUGGUGAAGAACCAUGAACACAGCGACCAGAGAGAAGGAGACCGGGGCAGCAAGAUGGUGUCAGAGAUUUACCUCACAAGACUACUGGCUACUAAGGGGACGCUGCAGAAGUUUGUGGACGAUCUGUUUGAGACGGUCUUCAGUACUGCCCACCGAGGCUCAGCACUGCCCCUCGCCAUCAAAUACAUGUUUGACUUCUUAGACGAGCAGGCAGACAAACGGCAAAUCACGGACCCCGAUGUACGGCACACCUGGAAAAGCAACUGCCUGCCUCUCCGGUUCUGGGUGAACGUAAUCAAAAAUCCUCAAUUCGUCUUUGACAUCCACAAGAGCAGCAUUACAGAUGCCUGCCUGUCUGUGGUGGCCCAGACAUUCAUGGACUCCUGCUCCACCUCAGAACAUCGGCUUGGCAAAGACUCACCCUCCAAUAAACUACUGUAUGCUAAAGAUAUCCCCAACUACAAGAACUGGGUCGAGCGGUAUUACCGGGACAUAGCAAAGAUGCCCAGUAUCUCAGACCAGGACAUGGACGCCUAUCUGGUGGAACAGUCUCGUCUCCAUGGCAAUGAGUUCAACACUCUCAGUGCGCUCAGUGAGCUUUACUUCUACAUAAACAAGUACAAGGAAGAGAUCUUGACAGCGUUGGACAGAGACGGUUAUUGUCGCAAACACAAACUGAGGCACAAACUGGAGCAAGCCAUUAACCUGAUGUCAGGGAGCAGCUGAGAGAGAGAGCCGCAAUGAACUGAGAGCCCACGGACUCACAGGGACUCAUCCCCAUUUCAGUUCUCCCCAGGAGCUUUUCUGAACUGCUAUUCUGACCACUGGUUCAGCCAGCCCAUAAUUAUUUAUUCCCUCUGGUUUGGCUGCUCAUCGUGGUUAGCUGGACCCUCUACCUCCAUUUGGUGGUGUUUGGGUUCAAAUACAACUUUGAAGAAACUUCACAAGACUUUGGAGUGGAAUUUACUUCAUUUUAAACCUGGAUUCAGGUUUGAAUUACUCCGGAUGUCACGCUGGGAUCCACAUGAAUGGCAUUUGGAUCUCAAUCUAAAACCAGAAUGAAAAUACAUCAGGAAUCUACAGAAAUGCAUUUGAGGAGCUCACCUCAGGAUUAACCGCUUUGGUUUGGAGUUUUAAACAUUUAGUUUGAAGCGAUACAAGGUCGAGUCAAAUGAUUUUAAUCGGUGCUCUUCACAUUUGUAAGAACCAACUUUCUGUGGUGGUAAUUUAAAAGUCUGUAGUAGAAACAUGCAAAUCAAGUGCAAAGCUUUGGCUAUGUUGUGAAAGUUUUGACACUGAAAAUCAUUCUUACCCUCAUAGUUACAUUCUAAGAUUUUGACAGGGUAUUUUUAACUUUACCCAUAACCAUUGGUUGACUUGAAUGAAAUUAUAGUAUAAAUUUCAUUAAUACACCUAUCCCAAUCAUGUCUCUAUUACUACUUCAGAAGCUUAAACCCACAGAAUAUUUCUUGCAGAUAUUGAAACACAAAAGUUGACUCGACCAGAGACCGUUUCAGUUGAACGGAGGAGUUUUGCUGUUUUUUGAGAACCACUUUUUUUCUCUGGACAAUCACAACCACAGCACACUGAGCCCGAUGCCUAAACUGACCAGUUCCUGUGUCCAUUUUAUUAAACCAAGUAAGGUUUCUACUAAAAUCAUUUAUUUAUUUGAUUAGUUUUUAAAUGUCACUUUAGAUUUUACACAUGUUUUUGUUUUUUUGUUUUUUUUUUGUUUUUUGCACCAACAGGGAUUAAUAAUUUGAAUGUUUGAGGAACACUUUGGGCAGAACCAAGGCUGUUCUCCAUCAUUAUAGCUUUAGUUUUGCACCAACAAUAAUACCAUGCAAAAACAAUAAUUGUGUCAUUAAAAGAAAAUUGACGUAUAAAAUAUUGUGCGUCAAAGAACAAAAGUAGAGAAUAUUUCAGUGAUUUUGGCUGUUCAUUAAGGACAACUUUCAAGAGACUAAAUUUGGAACUAGAUGGAGCAAACACCUCAGAUACAAGUUGCUUUAUUUUAAAUUCAGUUGUGUUCACAGAUCAACACUAUUAAUGACGUCCUGUAGUAAAUUAAUCCUUGUUGGUGCACUCCACAUAUUUAUUUCUACAUUUUCAAAAAAUUCAGCCAUUUUCUCAAAUUUUCUCAUUGCCUUUAGCAUUUGUAAUACCCAUGCGUCACAUUUGGCCAGUGCUUUUGGCCAAUAGAAUCUUAAGUAACUUACUGCCCGACCAAUCGAGACUGUGGAAACUUCGCGAGUAUAAAACGCGGAAAAUGAAUUUUAAAAAAUUGUUUAAGCUAGUUUUUAAAAUACAUUCCAGCAGAGGCACAUUGACACUCAGAUCUGUAAAUAAUACCAGAGAAAUAUCCUCAAUUUUUCAAACUUUUCAUUUUUGUUUUUGCAAGAAUUCUGGACUUUUUUCUGGCACCGUUCACAAAGCUUAGUUUUUGUUUUUUGGUGAAAAUGGCUUUAACAUGGGACUGAAUAAACAAUACAGCCAUGAGGCUACAGGUGCCCUGGAAGGACAAAAGUGAAGAAAAUCCAAUACUGUGCAAAGCUACAACAAGACUAGUGCCAUGUAUAAACGUCCGGAUCUGAACCAGAUCUUUCUGGACCAAAAUAUUUCCAGGAUUUCACUUAUAAAAAUACCUGGAUUUGAAAGACUGUGGCCAUAAUUGUAAAAGAGACUUUGAAAAAAUGAAAGAUAAUAAUAAUAAUAAUGUAUGGAAAAAAUAACAAAAAAAUGCAAUUUAUCGUAAUAAAAUGUUGUGGAUUUGAAAGAUUUUACGGGACUUGUAUAAAGUUACAUCUUCAUCCCAUUUGUUGGAGAAAGGAGAACCACUCAACUUUUAUGAGAAAAAAAUUAAUGGAUUUUUGCCAAACAGAAGCAAGAUGAUGGAUUGUCAAAUGUGGAUGGUGCUAUCUGGGAGUGAUUCAAAUUCUAAGUGUUAUUUGUGCAGUAGAUGCCAUUUUGUUUCAAGCAUUUUCACACCAAGACAAAGACAAAUUUCCAACAAACUGAAAUGGGCUCAAGAAGUGUUAAAAGGGAAAUGACCUAAAUGACAGCACUGCACUGUGUUGAGGCAGAAUAUUUUCACUACCACUACUGAUGAAGGAUUAACUGAAGCGCUUUGUCAAUUUUUUAAGAUCCAAUUAUUUUGAAAUUAUAAAAUGUGUGUAUCUGAAUUUGGUUUGGUACUUGCAUCCUUGUAGCUCUGGUUUAGACCUGGUUUACCUCUAAUUUACACCUGGUUUGCUACUUGUUUAGUCCUGAUUUUAUCUGGUUAUGUUCCUGAAAAUGUUCUGCCUCAGUUUGUUUGGUGGUUCUCUUUUUGCAGCGACAUCAAAUUUUCAUCUUCAUUUCGCUGUUGUUUGGUAAUUUUAAUCAAACUCUUUUAUUUCAUUCAAUGUUACUUAAAAUUAAGGGUUCUAAUGAAACAAAUGGUUAAAAUAAAAACAGGGAGAGAAGCCCCUGAUUAAAACCACUAGAGCUGAGGGAGUCCGGACCAACACCACUGCAGAACCUGACGUUGUCUGUAUUCAUCAUUUGAAAAAGUACUAAAUGUUACAUUUUUACUUUCAAAGUAAAACUAAGACAUUAGAAAUCAGUUAUGGAUGGAUCCUGGUUAAUGUUUGGUUACUGUUUGCACAUAAUCUUAAUAGUUUUGGUCGAGAGGUUUAAAUGGUGUAGGAUGAUUUUAAGCAAUACAAUCAUGUCAAUAUAACAAACAGAAUUUGUAAACGUGGGACAUGUGGUUUAGUUCAACUCACUAUGUGAAGUACAAAACGUCUUUAAUCAGAUGACUAUGUUCUAGCAAUAAUUUAAUCAUAAUUACAUCACAUGUGAAUGUAAAUCACUGAAUGUACUUUUUAUUGUAGUCUGGACUUAAUUUUCUCAUUUGGCUUUCAGGACAGUGUUUUUUGCAACUUGUGUAGUUUUAUUCAUGUAAGUUUUUGUAUUGCUAAAUAUCUUCAGGACUGAAGGUCAGACUAUUGUAGACAAAAGUGUAUUUGAACUGAAUUUAAAACAAAACUAAUGUAAAAGAAUGCACUGCUGUGAGAGGCUGCUUCCUUCCUCUGCUCAUAGUGAAUCUGAAUAAUAAUUGAAGGCACCUGCUUUCAAAUGGAACCAAAAACUCAGCAUUGGUCUCUCCUUUAGAUUAAUAUUCAUAAGUCCAGUUUUGUAGUCGAAGUUUGGAUGUAGUGGUAGGUCUGUAAGGAGUGCUAUAAUCCAGUAGUCAAAUUGUUCUGGCUGAUGGUGAAGAGCACAUUUUGCUUUAGUAAAAUACUCAAAUGGUUGCUGUGUUCUGAGGUUUAUAUUUGUAUUCUACAGAGAAACAGUGCAGACCUCAGAGUCAGACACAGAAUACAGAUGAAGACUAUAUAGGGUUACAUAACUCCCAUACAAGACCUGGUUUAGUCCUUGUUUAGUCCUUGAUUAGUACUAGUUUAGACUUGGUGUAGACCUACUUUGUGCUAGUCCUCGAUUGUUAUUACCUGUACAUUCAGUUCUGAUAGCUUUUAUCUUAAGUUAAUGAUCUAGUUGCUCUAAAAAGGGAAAUUUGUGCCAUCUUAAAACAAUCUCUCUACUAACAUUUAACAAGUCCAUAUUAAAACAAAUAAUUGGCUUACUAGUUAAUUACUGAUCAACAAUGCUGUCCUCUGUUUUAAGUACUAUUUAAAAGUAAGCAAUUUUAUAUGGCCAAAAUGUAAAAAAAAUAACCUUGUUUCAUAAAUUUUGUGGUGUCACCGGUUUCCGACUCCUUCAGCUUUGACCUGAACCUCUCUAUUUAUUUGAUUUCUUUUAUUUAUGCUUUUUAUUUAUUGACAGUUUUUCAUAUUUUGUUGCACUGGAAACUCCUAUGUAAGUUAUCAGCCAAUCAGACGGCCCUGUUGUAACCAUAGCAACAGUAGCCGCCAACCACAGGGCUCCAGUGCGUUUUGAGAGAAGUCCGCUGUCUUUACUGUACCAUAUUAUAUUACUGUUAUGAAUAUUUGGAAUCAGAGCGGCGAUUCUCAGACAAACUCACUUUUUUUUUUUUUUUUUUUUUUCUUUUUUAUUACAUUUUUGCUGCUUUUUUAGAAUUUAUAUUUUUUAAUUGUUAAAAGUGGUUAAUUUGAGAAGCACCGCUCGUUAUGUGUCUUAUUUCAGGAAAAAGUUUAUCUGUGUGGCGCUUUGGGCUAAAAGGUUUGUUUCUUUUUGGAAAUAAAACGAAUGUACACUGUGAUAGAAAUGAAUUUUCAAAUAUUCAAAAUUGGAGAAAAAACACUUAAUUUUCAGUUUGCCAUUAUUGCUUUUUCCGUGGCUUAAAUCCAUAUUAUUAUUAUUUUUUUCAAAUGUCCAGUUUGGUCCAGUUUUAGCCCAAAGUCCGCUGUGAUUGGCUGUUAUCCUGAAUCCAUGCGUCUCAUUGGUCCACAGUCGCCUUCAAGCGCCAGUCAGGGCCCAACAUGCCUUCAUUUGAAUUUUGACUCUUUGAGCUGUUUUUUGCUGUUUUGAAAUGUAUUGUACCAUUCUGCCUUUUCAGUUUUCACUAAAGUCUCAUCCAACAUGGA